AUGGUUACAUCGUGUGAAAUAAGAUUUGAUAACAAUCCAAAAGCCACAUUUCAAUCUGGACAAACGAUAACAGGAACAGUGAUAUUGACAUUAACCGAAAAAAAGAAAUUUCGAGCGUUGUAUUUGAAGAUUGAGGGAAGUGCGAAAUGCAUGUGGACAGUUACGAAAGGUUGCAAUUUUCUAGGAACCGGAAAUAAACGGAGAUCGGUGACUUAUUCAGGGAAAGAAGAUUAUUUAAAUCAAGUGACUUAUCUGUUUGGCAGCCAAUCAGGAACAACACCCGUUCAGAUUCCAGCUGGAACCACAACAUACUCAUUCGCUUGUAUACUUCCGCAACAAAUUCCGUCAUCAGUUGAGGGAAAAUAUGGAAAUAUCAGAUACAGUUGCAAAGCAGUUCUGGAUCGUCCAUGGAAGUCUGACAAAGAGUUCAGACUCUCAUUUACUGUUAUCAAAGCAGAAGAUUUGAAUUUGGUAACGCCGAGCUUGUUUCUUCCGGCAAAGUCAGAAAUUAUUCGUCGAUUUUACUGCUGCUGUUUCAAGUCAAAGCCAUUUCAAAUGUGUGUAAGCAUUCCAUUCACUGGCUACGUUCCGGGACAAAAAAUUGAAGUUACCAUUCACAUGAACAAUCAAUCAAAUAUUGAUAUUGAAGGAACAAAAGUUUCAUUGGAACGUGGCAUUCAAUACAUCAGUCAAGCUCCAAGAAAGAAGAUUCGCUUCGAAAGUUUAACAGUUUGUGAAAUUUUCGGUACCGGAAUGCGUGCUUGUGGACUUGGUGAAUUCAAAAUUCUUCUUCCACUUCCUCCACUUGCUCCCACUAAUAUGGAUUACUGCAGUGUUCUCACAACAAGUUAUCAACUUAAAGUCCUCGCUAAAGCUUCGGGUGCUCACAAAAAUCCACAUUUAAACAUUCCAAUAACAAUCGGAACGAUUCCUCUAAGAUCAUCAGUUCAAGCGCCACAUUACGAUGCAGUUAUGAAUAAUUCAAUCGCUUCAUCAAGUAGCCAUCCAUCAGCUCCAAGGAACUUCAAUUUGCCACCACCAAGUUACGAAGAAGCUAUGAGAAUUGUGCCUGAAAUGACAGAAAAUAAUCACGAUUUCAUCACUCAUCCGGUUUGGAACUUUGGAAGUUCUCAACCACCAUCAGCAACGACAUCGCCAAGUAAAGUGCCUUAA